CUGAAUGUGAUGUGAAGGUCAAGGUUAUUUCAAUCAAACAGCUGCCACAGAUGACCAUAAGACUACAGUAAAGGCCAGUAGAGAUCUGUCACAUCAAGUUACAGUCUAGAUGACCACAACAGUAUGGCCAGUGUAGAGGACAUCUCAACAUAUUUUACAGGUACACAUGAAGUACAAGAAUGUCUUGAAGGUCAAGGUGAGGCAGAUCUACACACACACCUGGCAAACUGUGAGAAAAAUCCUGGCCAUAAAAACUUUGUACCUGUAAAUCAGUUAAGUUUUGAACAUUUUCCUUCUGGUUACCAUGACAACGAUCUGUAUGCUCUCACAAAAGCCCUGGCUGACCUAACUGUCAGGAUAGCCGUUAAGUUGACCAGUCGAGACAGACCAGAGUUUGUACCAGGCACUAAAGAUCCAUAUCCUUGCUACAACACCAGGGUACAGAACUCACUGAGGACAGGGACUGGUGGGGUGUGGGGUGUGACCAAGUACACAGAGGGGAUGGGUGACUACAGAACUUGUCCAUGUCCUGAAUGUGACCACACGGACACACCCAGCAAAGUGUGGUGGGAGUUUGGUGUGGUGACAGCCAGACAUGUGGUUUUUGAUGAGAGUGAGGCGAGACAGUCCAGCUAUGUAGCUGAUAAACUGGAAAAGAUGAUGAGGCGGUUUAAAGGUCUACGUGAUAAAGUAAGUGAAAAAUAUAAGAGUCGUAGAGAUGUGGACAAGCUGGCCAUUAUAGUGUCACAUCCUCAUGGCUGUUCUAAGCAGGUCUCUGUAGGUCACUGGGUGGACAGGCAGGUGGUGUGGGAUAGUGACUGGGCCAGGUACACGUACACAACUAGCACC